GGCGGGCGGGCGGGGUGGGCCCGGCCAGGCCGCGAUGGCGACCAGGAAGGCGGGCUCGCGCCUCGAGACGGAGAUCGAGCGCUGCCGCUCCGAGUGCCAGUGGGAGCGGAUCCCCGAGCUCGUCAAGCAGCUGUCGGCCAAGCUCAUCGCCAACGAUGACAUGGCAGAGCUUCUCCUCGGGGAGUCAAAGCUGGAGCAGUCCCUGAAGGAACACCCCCUGCGGCAGGGGGCCAGUCCCCGAGGCCCCAGGCCCCAGCUGACCGAGGUCCGCAAGCAUCUGACCGCCGCCCUGGACCGCGGGAACCUAAAGUCAGAGUUCCUACAAGAAUCCAAUCUGAUCAUGGCCAAGUUGAAUUAUGUGGAAGGAGAUUAUAAGGAGGCUCUCAACAUCUAUGCCCGGGUGGGCCUCGAUGACCUGCCGCUGACAGCCGUCCCUCCCUACAGGCUGCGCAUGAUUGCGGAAGCCUACGCCACCAAAGGACUUUGUUUAGAGAAGCUGCCUGUUUCCUCUUCUACCAGUAACCUCCACGUGGACCGGGAACAGGAUGUUAUCACCUGUUACGAGAAAGCAGGGGACAUUGCGCUCCUGUACCUCCAAGAGAUAGAAAGGGUAAUACUUACCAAUAUUCAAAACAGAAGCCCUAAGCCUGGCCCUGCUCCCCACGAUCAAGAACUAGGUUUUUUCCUAGAAACAGGACUUCAGAGAGCCCAUGUCCUCUAUUUCAAAAAUGGGAACUUGACGAGAGGAGUUGGGAGAUUUAGAGAGAUCCUCAGAGCCGUAGAAACAAGAACAACGCAAAACCUGCGAAUGACGAUAGCCCGGCAAUUGGCGGAGAUUUUGUUGCGGGGUAUGUGUGAACAGAGCUACUGGAACCCUCUGGAGGACCCACCCUGCCAGUCACCUCUGGACGAUCCUCUCCGGAAAGGAGCAAACACAAAAACCUACAUCCUCACUCGGAAAGCCCGCGUCUACUCAGGAGAGAACAUUUUUUGUCCUCAAGAAAAUACUGAAGAAGCCCUGUUGUUACUGCUGAUUAGUGAAUCGAUGGCCAACCGGGACGCUGUGCUGAGCAGAAUACCCGAGCACAAGAGUGACCGCCUCAUCAGCUUGCAGAGUGCAUCUGUGGUCUAUGAUUUACUGACCAUUGCCCUUGGAAGAAGAGGCCAGUAUGAGAUGCUGUCGGAGUGCUUGGAAAGAGCCAUGAAGUUUGCCUUCGAGGAGUUCCAGCUCUGGUACCAGUUUGCUCUGUCUCUCAUGGCCGCGGGAAAAUCUGCACGGGCCGUGAAGGUGCUGAAAGAGUGUAUCCGUCUGAAGCCCGACGACGCCACCAUCCCGCUCCUCGCCGCGAAGCUGUGCAUGGGGUCUCUUCACUGGUUGGAAGAGGCUGAGAAGUUUGCCAAAACCGUCGUGGAUGCGGGAGAGAAAACGUCAGAGUUCAAGGCCAAAGGCUACUUAGCUCUGGGGCUCACGUACAGUCUGCAGGCCACUGACGCUUCUUUGCGAGGGAUGCAGGAGGUCCUACAGAGAAAGGCGCUUCUUGCAUUUCAGAGGGCCCACAGCCUGUCACCUACAGAUCACCAAGCAGCUUUCUACCUGGCUCUGCAGCUUGCCAUCUCCAGACAGAUCCCAGAGGCUCUGGGGUACGUCCGCCAAGCUCUUCAACUUCAAGGUGAUGACGCCAACUCCCUGCACCUUCUUGCCCUCUUACUCUCUGCACAAAAGCAUUACCACGAUGCUCUGAAUAUCAUUGACAUGGCCCUCAGUGAAUAUCCGGAGAAUUUUAUACUACUGUUUUCCAAAGUGAAGUUGGAGUCACUCUGCCGGGGCCCGGAUGAGGCGCUCCUCACUUGUAAGCACAUGUUACAAAUAUGGAAAUCCUGCUACAACCUUACCAAUCCCAGUGAUUCUGGACGUGGGAGCAGCCUCUUAGAUAGAACCAUUGCUGACAGACGACAGCUUAACACAAUUACUUUGCCAGACUUCAGCGAUCCCGAGACAGUGUCAGAUUCCUCCUCCUCUUCUCUUUCAAGAACCGAAUCUCCUCUCCACCUGUUUGUGUCUCCUCAUCUCCAUUCUCAUCCCAAACCUGACAUCUUUGUGUGGCCCCCUGCGGCUCAUUCAUUCAAUGACCCAGGUCCCCGCCAGGAACCCUCUCUGUGCAACUCUCCAGAAGUAUACUUUCAUGGUUUUCCCUCCCUUUUUUCAGUUAGCUCUGUCCACGCCACGUCCGUGGCAGCCUCCAGAGUGGAGCAGGCACUGUCAGAAGUGGCUUCGUCUCUGCAGAGCAGCGCCCCCAAGCAGGGCCCACUACACCCCUGGAUGACGCUGGCGCAGAUCUGGCUCCAUGCAGCUGAAGUCUACAUUGGCAUCGGGAAGCCUGCAGAAGCCACAGCCUGUACUCAGGAAGCUGCCAACCUCUUCCCGAUGUCCCACAACGUCCUGUACAUGCGCGGCCAGGUUGCUGAGCUCCGGGGGAACCUAGAUGAAGCCCGGCGGUGGUACGAAGAAGCCUUAUCCAUCAGCCCCACGCACGUGAAGAGCAUGCAGCGACUGGCCCUGAUCCUUCAUCAGCUGGGCCGCUACAGUCUAGCAGAGAAGAUCCUCCGGGAUGCGGUGCAGGUGAACUCGACAGCCCAUGAGGUGUGGAACGGGCUGGGCGAGGUCCUGCAAGCCCAGGGCAACGACGCAGCAGCCACCGAGUGCUUCCUGACGGCCCUGGAGCUGGAGGCCAGCAGCCCCGCCGUGCCCUUCACCAUCAUCCCCCGGGUGCUCUGAGCAGGCGCCUGCCAGCCUCACUGCUGCUCAGGCCCCCAGGGCCCCACCUGGGGCCCCGCCCCCCCAUCCCCCCCCCCCCCCCCCCCCGCCGCACCGAGGCCACGGAUGGACGUGUGACUGACCACACUGCACUAACGGAACGAGCCCCAGUUCAUCGCUCUCCCCACACGCAUUUCUGUUACUGUUUUGGCCAGCCCGAUGAUAGUUUUUGAACCUACUGAACAUUGUUCAAAAUGGAUUAUGUGCCAUAUUUUGUUAGUCGACAUCUGCGUUUUAAAGUCAAAUGAUAAUGGACUUAAUCAGCAAAUGUAGAAGAAUAUAUCCAAAGUUAAAAUUCAGUGGCAGAGCAGAUUAUUUUUAUCAGAGCUGUAAAGAAAACUCUCCUUCCCCUACCACUCCUGCCCCAACCUCGGCCCGGAAACCAAAUGUGAAUUUCCUGUUUCCCACCUCAGUGCUAGUCCAAGCCAGGACACCAGCUGACGAUUUCUUGGUUUCGUUGUCAAUAAUUGUACCGUGUGAAUUCCUGUCCUCACUUAGAGCAAAGCCUGAGUUGGAGAAUGUUUCUAUUUCACCAAUAUAUGCCUGUUACAAGAGAAGGAAAUAGGAGCUAUUUAAGUUUAACUUUUUUAUGUGAAUUCAGAGUUUAUUUAUCGAUGGAAAUAUGUACAAAGAAGCUUCAAAUGGAAUAUUUACCGACAUUCCUUAUACAUGACAGACACUUGGCUAAAUGGGAAGAUGAUGUUAAUAAUAAAAUGAUUUUUAAAUGGA